AGAGUUGUUGACGGCUUGUAUGCUUGCGAGUACAGAGUUUGUCUUGAUUCAUUUCCUCUGCAGAUGCCGUGAAUGAAGUGUUUGUUCUAUCUAAUCCGUGACAGACUCUCCAGGUGUCCUGAACUAUGCGAGUUGGCCAUUCAGAAAGAUUUCUCAAUGAUUGUUCUUGGCCUUUUGCCCGAGUUAACCUGCGGCAGAUUGCUGCUGUGUCGCUGUGUCAAUCCGUCAGGCUUUGCUGUUGACCCACUGACGCAAACACAGACCAGCCUGAGAGUAUUUAAGCCGGCUUUCCUCGACUUCAAGAAGAAAGACUCACGUUGAACGAGAAGUUGAAUCCAGAAGAACUUGUUUUUUUUUUUGACAAAUCUGAUACAGACGGUGUACGGGAUGAGCUCGGGAAAUAGCUGCGACAGUCUCAGCGACUCACCUGUGAACUCGAUAAGAGCGGCAGGACCAACAACACCCAGAAGAGGACCACCUAAAUUCAAACAGAGAAUGACAAGGCAAUUCAAAAGCAAACCUCCCAAGAAGGGAGUCAAAGUAUUUGGAGAUGAGAUCCCAGGAAUGGAUGGUCUUGGCACUGACAUCACCGUGGUGUGUCCGUGGGAAGCCUUUAGCCAUCUGGAGUUGCACGAGCUCGCCCAGUAUGGUAUUAUUUGAACUGGACGACGGAAAGAUGUGUCACCAGGACUUGUUUAGUGGACUAGACUAGUUCCACCUCUGGAUCCCAAAUGAAGGAUGCUUGCACCAUUGCCUUGAAACAGUUUUAUAAAUGCCAACCCACCUGCCUAUGAAUGCACAACACGUAACUAGGAGGAAUUAGGUUUAUGAAGGUUUAUAGGAUGAUAUAAGUUUACAGAACGUGGAUCGAUAAUAUUUAUUGUAAUACUACUUAUUCCAGUUGGUUUGUGUUAUUUUCCACAGCAUAAUACUUGUUUUCAAUAUGAACAGUUUUUAUUUGUGCUAAUUCUGUAGUUAAUUCUAUAGACUCUUUUUAGUAUAUGUUUUGUGAGAGGAGAGGCCUUAAUAGCUGUUUAAAUCACUUUCACACAUCCGUUGUAUGAUGUCUUAAGAGUUUCUUCAACUGUUAGCAAAUUUGGCUUAAAUGAAAUAGACCUUAAGCCGUGCUGUUAAAUAUGUUCAAAUAAAGAUUUGAUGUAGA